AUGGGAAGCCACGCCCUCCACCCCCUCCUCGCGGCCAAGGCCCGCAUCACCACCCUCCACCAACACGAUGGUACACUGUACGCCGGCUGCGCAGACGGGAGUGUCCGGUACUACGACGGCGCCGAGCUCAAGGCAUCAUACCAGUUGAGUAGGAGGCAGAUUGACGCGCUCGCCGUCCUCCCCGUCUCGGGACUGCUCGUCGUGCUGGCCGGUAAGCCCUUCCUUGUCAAGGCUGAUCCAGACCAAACCGUCUCGCUCUACAAACUCGACCAUCCGAGUAGAGCCAAGGUCCUCACGCAGGCACGCUAUGCCCAAGCAUUUGCAGCCACGACCUACAUGGCCCCAGGCAAGCCUUCCGAAGGAAGUGCUACGGCCGCCAAGACCAGACGCGACCUGCUGGUCGUGGGCUGCUCAAAGAAGGUUGUGGUGUAUGGUGCCGGCGCGCGUCUCGGCGAGGCAUGGGAGCUGACGCUGCCCCAUACGCCGCGCGCCGUCAUCUUCCCCGCACCGGUGUACGCCGACCUCCCCGGCGCCGUGCAUCUCCUGUACUCUCCGAGCGCCAGCACGCUGCUGCACAUCAAAGCCAGCCCGGCCGCGAAUAGGCUCAGUGCAACUGACCUGCCCAUGACCGGAUACCCCGCGUCCAGAGACGGAACGAGGCCAGCCGUGCCCGAUAGUGGAUGGGGACGGUUGGGCGGGUUUAUGCGCGGUGCGGCGCUCCCUGUUGGCACGCGGACGGUUGGCGGCGAGGUCGCGCUCGUCCGCGACGACCUCGGCGUCUUCUUCUCGUCCGAGGGCAACUUUACGAGGGACGAGUCGCUCCACUGGCCAACGGUACCAGAAGCCUUAGCCUUCUCCAACCCCUUUCUCUACUCGGUUCUUCCUGCAGCGGCGGCCGUCGCUGGUCAGCCUGCAUCCCUCCCCACCAUCCAGGUACACCUCGCUCCGACGCUCACAUUGCGAGACACGAUCACCUUCCCUGCUCCCACUACUGGGUCGCUCUCCGUUGCCGCCGUCAAUGUCGGCGCGACGUCGACCGACGGCAGGAAGAGCUCCAAGCUCCUCCUCGUGUCCACGCCGACCGACCGCACCCUCGCGCUAGAAGGCAGCACGAUCUGGGAGGUGCGAGGUACCGACAUCGGGGAACAGGUCGACGAGCUCGUCAGGGAGGGGAGAGUGAUGGACGCGAUUGGCCUCGUCGAGGCCGUCGGGGACACCGGACUCGAAGAGACCCAACGCCUGCCCCGCCUGCGCAUCCUCAACGCGUUGGCGCAGUUCGCACGGGGCGAAUACCAGCCCGCGCUCGAGACGUUCACCGUGUUCAACGUCAAUCCUGCAAAGGUCAUCGCGCUGUAUCCCAGAACCGCAAUAUCUGGUAACCUCGCCGUGCCGAGGGAGGAGUGGAUGAAGCUCUUCGGCGCGGUCGAGGGCGCGAGACUCGAACCUGAGGUCCUGCCAGUCAUCGCUUCCCCGAAACCUUCGGUCAUCCGCAAUGCGCAUUUAGCGUUGGCGAGGAAGAAGAGCAACGACACGAUUGCGUCGGUCGCGAGCACCUCUAGAGAGCAUCCGGACAGCCCGCCCAAGAUCAUGUCGCCGCCCCCGAUGGACGAUGAGACACUGCCCCGCAAGGCGGUCGACGAGCUGAUCUACUACCUCUCCGACCGGCGACAGAAGCUCGGCGGCGCAAUCCCUGCGCUCAAGGACCCACUGCCCGCCGAGGCUGACCUCCCAUCACUGUCUGAGGUCCACGCAGCGAUGAUCCACGACCUCCCGGACGGCCCGUUGAUCGACCUCGACCCAGAACAACUCCUCCGCACUGCACAGGUCGUGUACACGUCCCUGCUGAAGGUGUAUCUCGUCGCCCGUCCCAGCCUUGUAGGCAGUCUGUGCCGUAUCGAGAACUGGGUGGACGUCGCGGAGGUCGAGCCGCUGUUGCGAGAAAAAGGACGUAUCGAUGACUUGCGGGACCUGUACAUGCAGAAGGGCAUGCACGACAAGGCGUUGGGGAUGCUGUUGGAGCAGGCGAAGGAGGAGGACGACCCGUUGGAUAGGUACCCGCCAACAGUGCGGUACCUUGAGAAGCUCGGUCCGAAGCACCUGCAACUCAUCUUCGACUCCUCGCGCUGGAUCUUCGAGGAAGACCCGGGGCGUGGCUUGCAGAUCUUCACCGCGGACGAGCCAGAGGUCGACGCACUCCCGCGCGACAAGGUCGUUGCCUUCCUUGAGGAGGUCGACUGGAAGGGCGGCAUUACCUACCUGGAGCACGUCUUCGAGCUGGGCGACACUUCCCCCGAGCUGCACGACAAGCUUGUCGAGCUGUACUUGCGGCGCCUGAAAUCAGCUACAGGGUCGGAACGCGACGAGGCGCUCAAGACGCUCCUCGCCUUCCUAAACGACUCCACGCACUACCGCCCAUACCGGCUCCUCUCCAAGCUGCCUGUCCAAAACGCGCCCGAAGCCCAGGCUGUCCUCCUAGGUCGGUUGGGAAAACAUGACGAAGCGCUCCGACUCUACAUCUAUACGCUGAAAGACUACGCCGCCGCCGAAGCAUACUGCGCGCGCGUGCACGCCAAGGAGCCGGAGCGUGGCCUCUUCCUCCACCUCCUGCGUCUGUAUCUCCGUCCUGUCAAGGAGGAGGUACUCGUCGCCCCGGCACUUGCACUCGUCGCGCGACAUGGGAAACGUAUGGACGCGCGGGCCGUGCUCGACCUCCUCCCGCCCCUCGUCCCGGUUAAGGAGCUACACGACUUCUUCCUCCGCACACUGGGUGAUGAGCGCGCUCGCCGUAACGAGCACCGUAUCACGCGUGGACUGCUCGCAGCGCGCAAAGCUCAGGCGGAGCGCCUCGUCGUCGGACUGGAAGUCAAGCGUGUGCGCGUGACUGACCAGCGCAUCUGUCCGCAGUGCCAGAAGCGGCUGGGACAAAGCGCCAUCGCCGUACAUGCGCCAAGGGGCGAAGUCACCCACCUGCAUUGCAAGGAUCUGUUCUCUGAGCGCCUCGCGCGCGCUCGCGCUUGA